GCUUGGAUCAGAACUCACUGCGUGUUUUGAAGCGUACGAGUGGAGAAACAAACACACACACGAGCCAGUCUCUCCAUUCACAAACAAAUCUGACCUCUUUAGUCUGAUCUUAGGUGGUUGAACCGGUUCUAACUCUGACGUCACACGCCCCUACGUGUUUUGCGCUGCUGUACUCUGAUUGAAUUUUGGCACGGCCUUUGACAGUCUUUUACAGUCGGAAUCCGUCCAGUAUACGUGGCUCUUGGAGGUCUAAAAAAUAGAUCGCACUCGGGUAUUUCAGCCCCAGAAUGAAGCCCACACCGCCGUUCUGCCUGUUCCAGAGUCUGCUGCUCAUGUCUACAGUGAUGCUGGGCAUCAUGAUGGGCAUGUUACUGACGGGACAGUCUCAGAUCAGGGUCUAUUCGAGAGAAGACAGGCCAACUUACAUACCAGCUGAGGUAACUAACAGACCAGCUGAGGCGACAGUAAAACCGUCCGAACCGGUACACAAACAGCCGGCCGACGUGAAAUAUACCCCUGGCUGCGAACCGCGUACAAAACUGGCCUUCAUCAAAACCCACAAAACAGGAGGGACCACUCUGAUGCAGAUCCUGCACCGCCUCGCGUAUCUGAAGGACCUGGACAUCAUCAUGGAAAAAUCCACCAACCACGGCAGUAUCAACGCGUUCUACAACCACGGGAUCAAGAAAGAGGAUCUGAUCCCCCCAAGAGGGAAACAUUACGACAUCCUUGCCUACCACACCAAGUAUAACAGGGAAAUCACACAGAAAGCGCUUGGACCAAACGCUACGUACAUCACGCUACUACGCGAACCAUUAGGACAGCUGCGGUCUCAGUUUAACUUCUACUGGAUGGCGAAGUCUUUUAAGAUUUCCGGACCCAACCCUCUUGCGCAAUUCUUGAAAGACCCUGCUAAGUACGACCACAGGUCGCCAGGCUACAUGGCGACAAGGAACCCUAUGGCGUCAGACUUGGGGUUUGGAAAAAAGGAGCUAGUCGCUCUCACAGAGGAGGCCAUGAAGAACAAUGAGGAGGUCUACUUCCCCAGACCUCCGGCAAAGGUAGAAGAGUUUAUAAGAAACAUUACCUCACAGUUAGAUCUAACCAUGAUUAUGGAGUACUUUGACGAGUCUCUAGUACUUCUGAAGAGGUUGAUGUGUUGGGAUCUACAGGAUAUUCUCUACUUCAAAUCCCUGUCGUUCAACUACAAGGCAAAAGAGGAGGAGAUAUCGGAAGAUCUGGUGAAGAUGCACAGAAGGUGGGACGUCGUAGACUACUUUCUGUACCACCAUUUCAACAGGACGUUCUGGAACCGAGUCGAGAAGCAAGGAGACGACUUUUGGGGUGAAGUCAAACACUUUAAGGAACAGAACCUCCGUAUGCAGACUUACUGCGUCGGAGAAAACAUUGAGAAGACAGACGAGCUGUCCAGUCUUGUCGUGGAAGAGACGAAGUGGAACAGCAGGUUUCUUAUAACGCCAGAGUUUUGCACCGUCGUUAAGUACGGACAGUUUUGCUUCAUGACUCUGCUGCGAGAUCGGUACUUCCGGCACUUCAAGAAAAGUAGGAAGACGAGCAAACCGAUAGAUCCACUAAAGACCAAGAUGAAGUCGCUAUACGAGAAACCGCUGUGUGAAAUAUGUGACAUUGUGAGUAGGGAUUGUACCUUUAACGAGUACUUGACUCAUCUGUACCACGAUAAACUUAUUUCCCGCGCUAAAACAAGCUUUCACCCGUCAGGAAUGGGCGGGAGGGGGAAGAUAGCGGAUCAUGUAUAGGUUAGACUGCCUGCAGUUCCGCAGUGUUCCGCAUGGUGGCCAGUUGAAAUUCAUUCAGCACCAUGGCUAUAUAACGUUGGCUGGUAUAGGGGCUAUCUAACACAGGACCGUGCCUAUACCUAGUUCUAUGUCUUAAUGGGGUAGGGUUAGGAUCACGUGCGGUUCUUGAUAGUCUCAGCGUAUAAACAAAAGGAAUUUUUUUCCCAUUGCAAAUUGCAUGGGCAUUGGUAAGUAGGUAUGUGAUUUUUAAAUAAACAUUUGAAUAUCAUUAACUCAAAAACAGUGAUGCGUAGGGCCAGUAUAACAGGCACAUAAGUUAUAAUUCUACAACUUAGGACUUGAUACCUUGGUGAUAUACCUCGUUUUUCUCAAGUAUAUCUUAUGUCUUUCAGAUAUAUUUAUUGAACCCAACAUUGAUUAUGUAGUGGCCAAAUGCAUGAGAAAUAUUAUUUAAGAAAUACAAAAUAAUACGUUGACAUGGCCUUAUAUUUAAUCUACCUCUGUGUAUUAUCAAUAAAAAAAGACUAAACAACAGA